UAAAUGCUGCACGUGAGCAGCCCAGGGUUGUAAAAAAGGAAUAUAAAAAGGGCAGUUGCAUCAUCCCGUUAUACACGCUAUGCGUAUUAUUCAAUAUUAGAGGAAAGAUUAUUCUCUUAUUCGCCGUCGUUUUUCUCAAAAAUGAUCCUCACUACCGCUGCAUUCAGCUUGGCUUUCCUUACCUUUACGAAAGCGCUCACGAACUUAACUAUUGUGGGACCGAGCAGUGUUAAAGUGUGUGCCGGAUUCCCUCCCGGCGCAAAUCCCAGCGGCGCUUCGAUUUCGUAUUACCCGCAGCUGACAUUUAACGUAACGAAUGCCCCAAGCGGAGUGCCACUCAUCUGGGAUUUACCGUCCAACGCGUCGCCGGUCGCUGGCGAGGGAGCACCCAGCGGCACCGCCGUCAACGCCAACAAGGGCAUCAAUUCGCCGGCUGUAUUGUCCGGCAACGAAGCCAGUGUUUUCAUCAGCAAUAUGAACUCGUUGGCCGGUGGGAACAGUACCAGCAGAGUCGGUAUCUAUGGCGCGGGGAAUAACGGUGAUCUGCCGUGUCCCACCAAAGUCAACAAGGUAUCCGUGAUUCCGCCGGAAACGUUAGAGGAAAUUGCUGCCAGAUGCUGCGCUUCUCGGUGUCACCUGGCACAGCUUCAUCCGCUUACAGCACCGGAUACAAAGACGUCAAGGUCUGUUAUGAGGACAGCAACACCUGCACCGUUAUUUAAAACCCAUGCCUCAUACGCAGAAACCAAGGAUUGCCUAAAACUGUAGCUGUUUGCGUGCUAUCUGCAUCAGCUGCUUAAAAGUUUUAAUUCGUGUUCGAAAUCGUUAAACCACGACCUAUUAACCGGCUUUGCGGUUUAGUUACUGAUAUCGCAGCGGAAAUGCCUAUGCAUCAAAAUGUUACGUUACAAUUUACAAAGAACCGAAAGCUUUUUUUACCAAAAUGCCGAUGGGACAUUAAAUCAGCUAUC